AUGAGGCACAGCGUGGUCAGCGUGGUCCUGGCAGGGUCGGCUGGGUAUGGUACGGUAUCGGCUCACUAUUGGGCCAUUGAGCUGCUGGGCGGUGGCUCGGUGGUGCGUCGCAAUGCUAGAGAACGCAAUCGCGUUAAGCAGGUGAACAAUGGCUUUAGCCAGCUGCGCCAGCACAUACCCGUUGCCAUCAUUGCCGAUCUGAGCAAUGGCAGACGCGGCAUUGGACCCGGCGCCAACAAGAAGCUCAGCAAGGUCAGCACAUUGCGCAUGGCCGUGGAGUAUAUUAGGCGGCUGCAGCGUGUCAUCGAUGACAACGAUCAGCAGCAGCACCAGCAGCAGCAGCAGUUGCUGCCGCAACAGCAACACCAGCAGCAGCAGCAACCGCAACAGCUUGCUCAACAGCAGCAACAAUUUAGCUAUCAGCAGCAACAGUUGCAGCAGCAGCAGCAGCAACUGUUUGCGCUGCAACAGCAGCUGCAGCUCAUCUCGCCCAGCUCCAACUCGUGCUCAUCAUCCAGCAGCUCCAGCUUCGAUUCAUCCUAUUUCGCCUGCCCGCCCGCUCAGCUCAAGCAGGAGGAGACAAGCGCCGGCAGCUACGAAGAUUAUCCCAACAAUUCGUGCAGCUCGGGCGCCGAGGAUGACGACAUACUCGACUACAUAUCGCUCUGGCAGGACGAUAUCUAA